CCCUUCUUCCUAUUGCCUUCCGCUUUGGCUCCCCUCCGAUGCUUUGCGACCAGAUGCCUUAAACACGAGGUGGGACCGAAACCAAGUGAACAAUGAGAGUUCUUCACCUUUGUAUAGGGGGGAAGGGGAUAGCAUUGGCUGAGCUCUUUCUGUGUGGCCAGCGCGCUUGCACGGACAUCUCGUGUAUUCUUCUCAGCAGUCUUGCGCUAAAAAACAUAGCAGUGUACCCAUUUAACAGAGAGGGGGAUGUAAGCACCUAGGCAGUAUGGGUAGGAAGCACAGAAUUAACAACUCUCACCCAGCCCUGGCAUCUAGCCUCAAGGGUUACACCCUUUAAACACCCCCUUUGUAGUGUCAGAUUAAGGGUUAGUGGAGAAAAACCAAAAUGAGGAUGAGAGGACCACUAUAGGGCUACAUAAAAUUAAUAACCAAGAACUGACGUCAACUUACAGAUGAGAAAACUGAGCCACCAAGAUCUUAGGCAUCCUGUCCUGUAUCAUGCAGCAAAGAAGCUAAUAGCGUCGGAUUUUGCACCUCGGUCAGUUGUUCUGUUGAUGCCAGCGUUUUCCUCUGUGUUGAUGCCAACAUUUUGCCCUGUGUUGAGCUACCCAGAGAGAGCAUUUUCACUUGUACAUAUAUAUCCACAAACUAUCUCAGCAGCUUUGCUAAUAUAAUGCUUGCGCUGAUGAGAGGAGUGGGGAGAGAUGGGAAGGGCAACCUUCAUGAUAUGCACUAUACCAAGGAGGAAACUGAGGCACGUUUCUGCUCCCUGUUUUACACUAAAAUAAACCACCUGUUUGUAAAAAUAAAUAAAUAAAUAAAUAAAUAAAUAAAUAAAUAAAUAAACAGCAUUUCUGUGUGACCCCCAAAGGAAAUCGGACUCAGAGAUGACUUGCCUAAAAUUACAGGGUGAAGCUAGAGCUCUCAAUCCAGAAUUCAUGCUACAAACUAAAUUACAGGUACCCAGUUGGCUACCGCAGAAUCAUUGUUGAGGGCUUUCUAAAAAUGCACAUUGCUGGGCUCCAGCUCUGGAGAUUUGGCUUUAUUGCAGACUGGGGAUGAACAACGUCAUUUGUAUUUUUACCUGUUGCAAUAAUUGAUUCUGGGUUAUAGAGAAGCUGUGAACCACUGUUCUAAACACCAUACCAUCCUGAAGACUAUCAGUAAAUGGGUCUGCCACUUAAAUGUUUAAUUCCAGAGCAUAAGUUCCUACCUCAAGUCCUUCUUGAAACUGCAUGCAAAGAAUUUGACCACUUUUUCCUGAUCCCCAUAGCUCUAUAAAUUUUUAGAUGGGCCUGUGGCCUCCAAAGAGUUAAGAAUCAUUCACUGCCCUACAAUCUUCAUAACAUCUUCCUCUUUCAACACCUGCUUGAGGACAGAAGUGUGAGAAACAAAACAUUUGACCUAACCCCCACACCACAGCUCUCUGCUGCUGAUAUAGCUCUUUCAUUUCCUGGCUCAAGGCUAGGUUGCUAGGUUGCCCUUCUGUGAGCUCUUCAGGGGACUUCUCCUUUGCUGGAUUUGGCAUCACUGGCCCCAGGAAGGAGCAACUCCAUGGAAACGGCAUGCAAGGCUGUCCAAAUCGAAUGGGCCGUGAAGCCAGAGGCGAGAAAAUCUGCUCCAUUUUUUUUUUCUGCUUCUGGUUCUUAGACAGCAGGUGACACUUCUCCCGUGUAGAUGGUAGCUAGGAGGCCCCUGUAGGGUUUGCACUGGACUCUUGAUGCUUGGAAGCACGAGAACCAUUUGAAACCCUGCAAUUACCAUUGGCUUUGUCUUCAACCUGCUAAGCUUCUUCCAUCUGUGUCCAGUUGUGUUCAGCAUGGAGGAACAGAACAACUCUGCUGGGAAGGAGCUUCAACACAGGGCCCGAGCAGAAGUUCCAGGAAAGAAAAGCUGGCAGUCACAGGCCUACACCCUUGGGGCAAUUUCCAACUUUAUGUCUACUUUCCUGACCUUUCCUAUCUAUAAGGUUGUGUUCCGGCAGCAGAUCCAUGCUGUGGCAGUGUCAGAGGCUGUGAGACAGCUUUGGCAUGAAGGCCCUCAGUACUUCUACCGGGGCAUCUACCCUCCUCUUCUCUCCAAGACUCUCCAAGGGACUCUGCUGUUUGGCACUUAUGAUAGUUUGCUGUGCUUUCUCUCCCCGGUUGGGCCACACUCACUCGGACAGCGUUGGACUGCAGGGCUCAUGUCAGGUGUAGUAGAAGCUGUCGCACUGAGCCCCUUUGAAAGAGUACAGAAUGUGCUUCAGGAUGCUCGAAAGCAAGCUUGCUUCCCUAGCACCUUCAGCAUUCUCAAGGAAUUCAAUUCUUAUGGGCUUUGGGGGAGACUGUCACUGGGUUAUUAUCGGGGUUUCUGGCCAGUCCUUGUCAGAAACAGCCUGGGAAGUGCUCUCUAUUUCUCCUUCAAGGAUCCUAUCCAGGAUGGCUUGGCAAGGCAGGGCCUGCCCCAUUGGGUUCCUGCUUUGGUGUCUGGUAGUGUCAAUGGAACAAUCACCUGCCUGAUUCUGUAUCCUCUGAUUGUGUUAGUUGCCAAUAUGCAGUCUCAUAUUGGCUGGCAGAGAAUGCCAAGCCUGUGGGCCUCUGCACAAGAUGUGUGGGACACUCGAGGUAGAAAAGUCCUGCUGAUUUAUAGAGGAGGAUCCCUGAUCGUCCUCAGGUCCAGUGUGACCUGGGGCCUCACUACUGCUAUCCAUGACUUCUUACAGAGAAAGGCUCACAACAAGAAAGAGAUGAAAGACUGACUAAAGAUAUGUGGCUAUGGUAUUCUUGUUCUAAAUCUUUCCUUGUUGGUUGUGUAUAGUAUAUUUCUUUGGCUUGGUUACCUAAAACAACCAUUAUCUGUAAACUGGCACUGCAUGGGAGAAGCUCCUAACUUUUCACCUGUUAGUCACAGACAAAGCCUACCAGGAUUCCUUGGUCAAAGAAAGUCUCCCGAGUCUACACACAGCUUCAGUAAUCUCACAACCUGGAGCCUUUAAAUAAGCCUUUAAAUAAGCUGUAGCCCAGAUUAAGUGUCAUUCCUUCAAGGAAUUUUUUUUUAAAUAAGAGGAAACUUUAAAAGAAAACUCUACUUAGUACUGUAAGGUCUGGGAAUCCUUCUAUGUGUCCUUCUGACCAAACUGAGUGGAACUUCAAGUUCAAUGACCUGUACUAGACUUUGAGGACAACUUCAGAGAUGCCUAUGUUUUACUGACAUUUCUCAUUGCCUCUACCACAGCCAUUCUCGCUUCAAGCUAUGGGUCCCAUUUUCAGGGUCUCUGUUCUGAUUACAAACCCUAGAUUAGGCUCACCUCCACCCAUCAGAUGCCACAAGAACUGAUGAUGCUGGACAUGGGGCUGAGAAAACAUUUGGUGCCUGGAUAGAAGGAAAAAAAGGCUUUGAAGCAAGAAUUUUAAUUACAUACCAAAUAGAGAAAACUAUUACUAUAAGUGGUUUGGUGUUAUCCAGAUUAUGUUGCCUACAAACCAUUUAAGUUUCUAUAAGAUAAACCUGGAACUAGCAUGAGCAUAUCUCUUCAUAAUUAACCACUAAUUCUGUUGCUGUGGACAGCUAUAUAGAAUAGUGAAUGAUCUUAGCCUGCCAUUCAGAGCCAUUGUCUAUAUGGACUCCAUAUAACUUUCUACAUAUUAUUAUCCCACAUGCAUGGACUGCAUAGGCCAGCCAAAUGCAGUGUUUUUCACUCCCUAAACAUUUCAUGAAGUUACCCAAGGCCAUACUCUGCCCCACACUGUUCUCUCCACUUGCACUGCCGUCCUCUACAAUAAAAAGCCUGCAAUUUACAAAAGUCCAGCUCUGAUGCCACUGUCUGUAUGGAGCCCUUUCUCUAUCGCUCCCCCCGAAAAAAACCUGAAAGUGACAUUGAUUUUGUGAUAUACUUUUUAGCAGCUCAUCAACAUGCACUGAUCCCAUUGUGUCACUGGUCCCAUGUGGUCCUAAUGUUCUUGCUGUUCUUCAAUACCUCCUACUAGUCUGCAAACUUCUUGAAAGCAGGGAUUCUUAUAUGAGUUUUUAAAUCCUCCAUUGUGCCUAGGUGCUCAAUAAAGUUGGUGAAUUAUCGAAUUGAUUAUCAAGCUGUGAUAUAGUCUCUAUCCUCAGGGUGCUAUCCCUAUUACAUGAAGAUAAUGUUACUGACUCAUUGACAACAAAACACAUGCCUUUGGGAUGUGUUUGUUUUCUUUUAAUAGUGGAUUUAGUUUUGUGCUAAUUAUGAUGCCAAUGACAAUAACAAUGAUAAUAAAAUUUUGUUAAACCACAAUA